AUGGCCGCUCGUCACUCACGCAAACUUCUGCGACCGCUGCUCUACACUUCCGCGGCCGCGGCCGCCGGAGCAGGUGUCCUCUACAUCUCCUAUCGUCCACGUAACAUCCCUGGCCUCGAAGCUCCCGCCGUUCCUCCCCCCGGUUACCAUGAGGGCAAGCUGGUGCCCCCGAAUUUCCCCACAAUCAAGUCCCGUAUUCAACAAAUUCAGGACUUGAAGCGCAGUCAAUCCGAGGAGGAAUACGAUCUGCUGGUGAUUGGUGCUGGUGCCACAGGUUCUGGUAUUGCACUGGAUGCUGCCACUCGUGGAUUGAAGGUCGCCGUGGUGGAGCGCGAUGAUUUCAGUGCUGGAACCAGUAGUAAGUCCACCAAGCUGGUGCACGGUGGUGUGCGCUACUUGGAGAAGGCCGUUUGGGAAUUGGAUUAUAAUCAAUACAAGUUGGUAAAGGAAGCUCUCCGAGAGCGCAAGUACUUCUUGAACACAGCACCUCAUCUGUCCCAAUGGCUACCUAUUAUGGUACCGCUUCAGAAAUGGUGGCAAGCUCCUUAUUUCUGGGCCGGUUGCAAGGCCUAUGAUUUCUUGGCUGGUUCGGAGGGUAUCGAGACCUCUUACUUCCUCACCAAGAGUAAGGCAAUUGAUAACUUCCCCAUGCUCAAGCGAGACAACAUCGUGGGAGCUAUGGUUUACUAUGAUGGUGCACACAACGAUUCUCGCAUGAACGUUUCUCUGGCUAUGACUGCCGCACUAUACGGCAGUACUGUUGUCAACCACAUGGAGGUUACUGGCCUGACCAAGGAUGCUUCUGGUAAACUCAGCGGUGCUCGCGUGAAGGACGUGAUUCCAGGGCUUGAUGGCCAAGAGACCGAGGAAUUCACCAUCCGCGCCAAGGGUAUCAUCAACGCCACUGGCCCCUUCACCGACUCAAUUCGCAAGAUGGACGAGCCCGAGGUUAAGGAAAUCGUCGCCCCCAGCUCCGGUGUCCACAUCAUUCUCCCCGGAUACUACAGCCCGGAGAACAUGGGUCUCAUUGAUCCUUCAACAUCAGACGGCCGUGUUAUCUUCUUCUUGCCCUGGCAGGGUAACACCAUUGCCGGUACCACCGACGCCCCCACUGAGAUCACCCCCCACCCCGAACCCUCCGAGAAGGAUAUCAACUGGAUUCUGUCUGAGAUCCGUGGAUACCUGGCACCCGACAUCAACGUUGACCGAAGCGAUGUCCUAGCCGCUUGGUCCGGUAUUCGUCCCCUGGUGCGUGACCCGGCGAAGACCAGCUCCCAAGCACUGGUUCGCAACCAUCUCAUCUCUGUUUCUCCGUCCGGACUCUUGACCUGCGCCGGUGGUAAGUGGACUACCUACCGUCAAAUGGCCGAGGAGGCCGUGGACGAGGCCAUCGAUGCAUUCAAGCUCAAGCCCCGCGAGAUGAACGCAGUUCCGGAUAUCAGUGGUGUUGGUGGCAGCGGUCUGGUUGCUGACGGUGCCACUCUGGACGGCUCCUGUCAGACCCACCAGGUUCGCUUGAUCGGUGCUCACGGUUUCUCCAAGACCCUUUUCAUCAACCUCAUUCAGCACUUUGGUCUCGAGACCGAUGUCGCUCAGCAUCUCACCGAGUCUUAUGGUGACCGUGCCUGGCAAGUGGCUGCACUCUCUUCCCCAACCAACCAGCGCUUCCCUGUCCGCGGCCAGCGCAUUUCGACCUUGUACCCCUUCGUGGAUGGUGAGGUUCGUUAUGCCAUCCGUCAUGAGUACGCUCAAACUGCCGUUGAUGUCAUUGCCCGCCGUACCCGUCUUGCAUUCUUGAACGCAGAGGCCGCUCUGGAAGCGCUUCCUAACGUGAUUGAUCUGAUGGGCGAGGAAUUGAACUGGAGCAGCCAGCGCAAGGACACGGAAUGGAAGGAUUCCAUCUCAUACCUCCGGUCUAUGGGUCUUCCCCAGGUCUUCCUUAACAUGUCUCGAGAGGAGGUUGUGAGUGGCCGUGUCAUGGCCGUCAAUGAGGUAGAGCACAAGAGUGUUGUUCGAACUGAACCACCGGCAGACAUCCUGAAGAGUGACGCUGUCACUUCCCCUCUUGUUGCCGUCACUGAGGCCUCUGUCAACAAAUAG